CGAGGCGGGAGCGGGACUGGUCGUAUGAGUGGGGAGGCGUAUUUCCGUCGAUUAAGUCCCUGUUAAGGUACCUUUGAACAGCACAUCUGCCUGGUCCAGGAGCCACACCAGCCAUGAGCGUGUGUGUCAACUGCUGGUUCUGCAGUGAAGACUCACAGGUGCCUGCAUACUCGCGUGACAGCUGGGAGUGCCCCAAGUGCGACCAGUACAACGGCUUCACACCAGAAGGCGAUGUGGCCCUGCCUGUCACGGCCAGCACCGACCGUCAGCACGUGCGCUACAACGUGCAGGUGCGGCAACGCGUCGACCCUACCUGGCAGCUGUGCCACCGUUGCAACCUGAAUCAGGCGCUCAAGACGCGCCAGUUGGCCAACUUCCGUCCUAUCGUCGAGGACAACUGGGAGGCGGAGCUGGAGGAGUACGCAGCGCAUCUGGAGCGCCUGUAUGACACGUGCACCUACUGCAAGGCCGUGGUGGCGAGGGCGCUGCGUGAGAAGGACGAGCUUGUGCGGCCCAGCUGGCUAGCCUGGCUUCGCCAGCAGGCGCAGGAGCAGGUGGGCAGGCUGGAACCGACGGCCGAGGCGUCGGCUGGGACGAGGCCGAGGAGGCAGGUCGUGAGUGCAGUGCACAGCAGUUUGGUGAUGCUGUAUGGUGCGGGACUGACGCUUCUGUGGCUGCUGCUUCUGAGCAGUUGUCUCCAAAGACUUAGUAGAAGUGUUCUGCCGGCCGAGUAUUACGCGGUACUGAGCAGUGUUAGUUGCGCGUGCGCCGAGAACAAAGCUGUUUUCGCGCUGUCAUGCUUUGUCUUUUGGGUCCUCGUGAGAGGUGCUUACGUCAAAGUACAAAACCUGUUGACAGUUCUUCUUUGGGCCGGCUUCUGUGUCGUCGAAAUGGCAUCCGGCGGCUACAUGGAUUCCAGUGCCGCUGCCACACUUCAAACUGUUUUAGUCUCCGGACUGCUCUUUGUUCGGUCACGUCGUCUCCACCCCCGCGGCGUGCAAACUGUGCACAUGAAACCCCAGACAGCGAACGGCACGGCGAACGGCGUCUCGCCGUUCCGCACGCCCGUCACCACCUCGACGCCCAAGCUGUCGCCGAGCGGUGCCGCGCUCGCCUCGCCGAAGCUCGCCAACGGCCACGCGACGUUCGCGGCGCGGCCGACGCCGCAGGACGACUACAACCUGCCCCAGCUGAGCCUGGGCUCGCCGCGCAAGGGCGCCGGUUCGCCGGGCGUGUUUGCGCUGCGCACGUACCAGCCGCCGGCGAGCGCGCUCUUCACGCCGCGGCGCGUGCUCAGCCCGCCGCGGCUGCGCAGCGAGCUGCAUCACUCGUCCUGGAUCGCCGGCGGUUACUGGCAGCGCGGCGGCGGCGGCGGCGCGCUGGCCGCCGGGACACCUCUCGCGAACCCGCUGUCGCGCUCCUCCAGCCAGUCGAGCGGCUUCGUGGACGCGUACGGCUCGGGCGGUGGCUCGGCGCUGAGCGAGGAGCGAGCUGGCCGGCUCUCGCCGGCCUCGACCUCUGCCUGGGGCGGCGACGAGUCGGCAGCGGCGGCGCGCGCCGAGCUCGCGCACGAGACACACAGCUGCGUCGGCUCGCACUCACGCUCGUUCGUGUCGACGCAGACGCCCGAUGGCAGCCUGCUGGGUGCGGCCGCCUCGCACAAGAGCGUGCUCGUAGCGCUGGUGCUCGGCUUCAGCGUCGCCUUCAACGUGUUCGCCGUGAUGGUGCUACUGUUUAAGGACCGGCUUUGA